UCCUAACCAUGAGACUCUUACCCGCCCUCCUCGUAUUACCCCGCUGUUCCGUUGGCCUGGCAGCGAAGCAGUGGAAAGAGGCUGCGUAUACAUCUCCCCAUCCAAUAGCGAUAGGGGGGCGUGGAGCGAGCUGCUUGUUCCAUCCGGGCACUGUAGCUAGUGGAAGACGAUACCCUUGGGGUGUGUAGGCAGGGGCUUAGCGCAUGCGCGGUGCCGCUCGCCGUCAUCAGUGUAGAGGAGAGACGAGUGAGCGACGCUCGGGGAGGAAAGCAGCAGCUGUGGCAGCCGGAGCCUGGGGAGUGCGCGUCUGGCCGGCUCCGCAGCAUCAUUAGCCCUCAUUUGCCGCACAGCUCGUCCCCGGAGACCGCACAUACAGCGACCCCAGCAACUCGCUAUCCCGCGCCUGUCCCCAUCCAGCUCGGCUACUUUCCCCCACCAAGGAGCAGAGGCGAGCGGAGCCUCCCUGGCCGUGUGUCUGCGCCGCAGAGUGUCCCAGCAGCGCUGUCGCCAUGGGAUGUACGCUGAGUGCGGAGGAUAAGGCGGCGGUGGAGAGGAGUAAGAUGAUCGACAGGAACCUGAGGGAGGAUGGAGAGAAGGCUGCCCGGGAGGUCAAGUUACUGCUGCUCGGAGCUGGAGAAUCGGGGAAAAGCACAAUCGUCAAACAAAUGAAAAUUAUCCAUGAAGCUGGCUAUUCAGAAGAGGAAUGUAAACAAUACAAAGCUGUGGUAUACAGUAACACUAUACAAUCCAUUAUUGCCAUUAUCCGAGCAAUGGGCAGAUUGAAGAUAGAUUUUGGAGAUCCAACAAGAGCAGAUGAUGCACGUCAACUUUUUGUAUUGGCUGGGGCAGCAGAGGAAGGAUUUAUGACCGCUGAGCUGGCUGGAGUCAUCAAACGCUUAUGGAAAGAUGGAGGGGUACAGGCCUGUUUUAACAGAUCAAGGGAAUACCAACUAAAUGACUCUGCAGCAUAUUACCUCAAUGAUCUGGACAGGAUAGCGCAGAACAGUUACAUCCCUACUCAGCAGGAUGUCCUCAGGACUAGAGUGAAAACUACCGGCAUAGUGGAAACACAUUUUACUUUCAAAGACCUUCAUUUCAAGAUGUUUGAUGUUGGCGGUCAAAGAUCUGAAAGGAAAAAGUGGAUUCAUUGCUUCGAGGGAGUUACUGCAAUCAUUUUCUGUGUGGCAUUGAGUGAUUACGAUUUGGUUCUAGCUGAAGAUGAAGAAAUGAACCGAAUGCAUGAAAGCAUGAAGUUAUUUGACAGCAUCUGCAAUAACAAGUGGUUUACAGAUACUUCUAUUAUACUUUUUCUCAAUAAAAAAGAUCUGUUUGAGGAAAAAAUAAAGAGGAGUCCUCUAACAAUUUGUUAUCCGGAAUAUGCAGGUUCAAACACUUACGAAGAAGCUGCUGCAUACAUUCAGUGUCAGUUUGAAGAUCUUAACAAAAGAAAGGACACAAAAGAAAUCUAUACCCACUUUACAUGUGCAACAGACACCAAGAACGUGCAGUUUGUGUUUGAUGCAGUGACUGAUGUCAUCAUAAAAAACAAUCUCAAAGACUGUGGCCUUUUCUAAACCUGUCAUUACAUGAUUGCAUUUGACUUCAGCCUGUUACAGCGUGAUGGCAUUUGGAGUGAUUUGAGACUCUUAAUGAAAGGCGGACCAGUACUGUACUUGCCAGUUUUAUUAGCUUUAUUUAUGUUCAUGUCUUGUAAAUUUUCAAAAGUAACUGCUUCUAGGCCACACAAUGGAGAAGGUAUCUUGAUUGUAUGUAUACUGUAAUUGUAGGAAUGUUAUUUGUACAGACAUUGAACAGAAUAUUUUAAUAAUUUGAACUGUUCUUAAAAAAAAAAAAAAAAAUCCUCUUAUGAAAUGCUAAUAGAGGACAUUUUUUCUCGCCUGUCUAGGUUAUUUAAAAAAGUAAUGUAUAUUUUAUUUUCUUCCCUCUUAAGCAUGCAUGCUGCCUUAUUCUGUGUUCUAUGAUGUCUCCUUGCAAGCCUGUAAGCUGCAAGAAAGCUAUAUAUAUAUAUAUAUAUAUAUAUAUAUAUAUAUAUAUAAUAUAUAUAUAUAUAUAUAUAUAUAUAAUGCACAUUAUAAUUUAUGUAUUAUUGCUCUAUAGUAUGAAGCCCAAUGAGAUCUGGACACUUUGCAGUUGCACAAACCUGUGCAUGUAACACAGAAUCAUCCUGUUGGCCUGAGCCUUCACUGUGCAUUUUUAUUGUGUAAUAGUUAUAUUGCGCAUUGCCUUACAGGUGGUGCCAAAAUUGCAUUUUUUAUACAUUUUAAAAUCAAUUAAUCUUUUAUUUGUAAAUAGAUUUUUUCCAGUUGUUCGUCCAGACCAUUUUUGUGGGCUAUUGAAAUGCAAACAAACAUUUUGAUAUGGAUUACCUUAUUCUUGUUGGAACAAUCCUGCACUUGGCAUGCUGACCAUGGCAGUACUUUGUAUAGAUGAGUCAGUCUGGCAUUGAUUAAAUUCCACACAUGCAACAUUUGAGUACACCUCAGCCUUUCCAUUGAAAUGUGCAGCCAGACGACGUUCCAUGAUAUUCCGUUUUAAUGUGUGGCUUUGUGAUGCUGUCUUUGUAAUUGCCUCACUGUUACUUUCUGUCUUACAUUGCGAUCAUUCCUUCAUCCUUGUUAACUUUCUGGGCGGUUAUGUUAUAGCCCCCUUGAAAAUAAAAAUAUUCCUGAUUUUUCUUGUGAGAUUUUUGUGAAGAGGCAAAGAAAACCCUGCACUUUUUUUUUUUUAUUUUUUUUUUAAAGCAGAUGCUCUCUAGAAAAUCUUUUCCGUAUGGUUUGUCAUUCUUACCUCACUGUGAGUUGACCAAAUCGCUUCACUUUUAAACAAAUCCAUGAAAGUUGUGUUGCUUCAUGAUAUUUACCUUGACAUUCACAAGUACCUUGUGUUGUCCAGAACAUGUAUAAAUUAAUUGUACUUGUUACCUUCUUCAUUAAAGUUUUUGUAUUUCACUAUA